AUGGUAAUCAAGUAACAGAAUUGUUUAGAAAUGAUCUAUUAGAGAGCUUAACAGCAAUAAGCAACUUUUCCAUUUUUUAUUUUUUCAGAGUCAAUAUCUUUAUUUAUGUCAAUAAUAGGUUAAAUUACUUUGCUUUUAAUUUAAUUAGAUGACAAUAGAUUUAGUGAGCCAAUUAAGGAAAAUACUGGGAAUUUUAAAUUCAGCUCUUAGUAUAUUUAAUCUAGUGCAUUAGUGAUACCAUUUACUCCAACACCAACAUUGCAAAGAACUUUCCCAGAUCUCAUAGAAGCAGUGCAAUAUAUUAUUUCAGGACUUGAAUAUUGA